AUGAGUAAACCAUACAUUUUAAGUUUUUAUAAAAGAGUUUUAGCUAUUGUGAUAUCUUGUGUCACUACGAAUUUAUUUAAAAACCAAUCAUUUAAUAAUUGGUCAAUUCCCUCUUUUAAAAUAUUUAAAGAAAAUCUCUUUAAAAAAACCAUGGUUAUAACAAACUACUUUUUAAAACAUUUAUCACAUGAACAGUCCUUGAACCGUGUAAGGAACAUGAUAACACAUACCACUUACUGGACAGGAUGUGAUAAUUGUUUAUCAAGGAAAAGACAAACAUACUAA